AUGCAUCUGAUCCCAGCAUUACUGGCACUAUGCUGGCUUGGAUAUAGCGAAGCUACAUUUCCGGGGUGGCAGACCCGGGACGAAUGCCCACAACUAAACUGUCCACGCAUUUACAUUCCACCAGAAUGUCGCCAAUCGGAUUACACGUAUGUUAGAGGAAGACGGUGUCCAGCCUGCGACAUAGAUCUCUGUCGAAGAGACAGCCGCGGCAACAGCAGAGACAGAUGGGACAGCAACCGCGGUGGGAGUGGGAACAAUUGGGACAACAACCGCGGUGGUGGCGGUGGAAAUUGGGAUAACAACCGCGGUGGUAGCAGAGGAAACUGGGAUAACAACCGCAGUGGCGGCGGCGGCGGUGGUAGUGGUGGAAAUUGGGACAACAACCGCGGUGGUGGUGGUGGUGGAAACUGGGAUAACAGCCGUGGUGGAAGCUGGGACAACAGAGACUUUACCAACCGUGGGAGAAAUAUGGAACGCGGUGGCCAAUGGGACUCUAACCGCGGCGGCAGGAACGUUGAUACAACUAGAAGUGGAAGUAUUACUUUCGAUAGAACGAGGGGUGGCGUUUCCUGGGAUAACGAACGUAACAGAAACCGAUGGGAUAACAACAGGGGCGGAUCCUUUGACAGUAACCGCAGUAGCUCUCGUUCACGCUUCGAUGACCGCCAAGGAAACUGGGAUAGCAACAGAGGAAAUUCAGGUGGUUCAGGAUUUGAUCGCAGAGGAGAUAAUCGAAGAACUGGCGGAAAUCAAUGGGACUCAAACAGGAACGACUUUGGAAGGGGUGGUAGCAGGUUUGAUGGUCCCUCAGGUCCAUCUGGAUCUGGAUCGGGAUCGGGAUCCAGUCGAAAUGAUCGUCCAAGAUUUUAACUAUAAUUUGAUUUUUAAUUUCUAUUUUUUACCUUUAUUACUAUUGAGAGAUUUUCUUGUGUAUUGUAUAUGUUUUA